AUGAAAAUAAGAUCGAGUUCGAAUAAUCGAUUAGUGUAUGUAUCAUUCACGGAUCGAAUUGCCAAAGUAAGUGUAGAUAUAGCUCGAUGGCAUCUCACAAUAGCAGCUGCUGCUUCGGCGGAAAAUGAAACUCAUUUUAGUGAUGCAAUUACCAAAUACCAAGAUUUGGAUUACGGCUCCUACUUUGAGAGCUUCCUGAAUGAUAUUCCAUAUUUCAAUGGUGAAUUACGAACAUAUGCACAGCUUCUUCAUCGGAAAGAUAUUGUAGCAAAGGCUCUAAUCAAACAUUUGAACAUUUCCGGAAGUACUUCAUUAAACACGUUGUUAGAAUUGACGACCGCAUUCGUGCAGGAUAUAAGAGAAGACUUUCGAAGUUAUAUAUGGGAAUUUAUGGAAGCUAUAAUAGGCAUAUUAGAAAGGUCACACGAGGAUAGAGAAAUUCUGGAGACUGUCUUUUUUACAUUAGCCAAGAUUUUUUGGUUGCAACGGCGACAUCUUGUCUGUGAAUUACAUGAAGUUUUCCGGCGCUUUAAACGAAUUUUUUGCUGUAAACGAUCUUAUUUACGUCGAUUCACUGCCGAAGCUCUUGCAUUUUUGUUGCGGAAGUCGAAUGCAGUUAUGAAGCUUAUAACAUUUUUGGCAGAAACAGCACACAAUGAGAUCAACAAUUCGUUGCUUAUUGAUGGCAUAUCUCGACUAUAUUUCAAUGCUCUGAAGAUUACCGGUGGACAGUUCCACAGCACGGCUCCGCAGCUGCUGUCAGAAAUUUUGCAAGCUUCAUUCGAAAUCGAGGAAAAUGGUGUCAGAAAUAUUGCGAUCCAGAUUUUGGUAGGCACGAUGUGUCAGUGUAGCGCCUACACAUCGAAGGAAUAUAGUGAAUUGCUUGUGGAUGUCAUUUUGAAGCAAUACAAAUCAGCUCUGGCAUCACUAGACAUAAUAAAAAGUUCGGCAUUGUCCAAGCUCUUAAAUGCUUGGAUAAGCCAAAAAAUGGGCAGGUCGCUGCAUAAGCCAUCAUCUUUGUUUCAAGUUAUAAUAGAUGGUGCGAAAAGUAGAACUGGACUAAUGGACAAAGAGACUGUUGGAUUACUCAGUAAUGCAAUCAUGAGGUAUCACGGCGAUAGUGAAUUACACAUCUUGAUUACCACAGUAGUCCGUAUGCUCAUGAGUGAUGACCAGAAAUGUGAUUUCAAUGUGGUAUUUGAUUUUCUUUAUGAGAUCUCCGAUGUUUCUUUAUUUGAUAUUUGGAUAAUGCCUAUUGUUGGUACAUUCAUGUCACAGCUUGUUAAACAAGAGGACUCUCAGAUCAUUAGCAGAAUUUUUAGAUUUUAUGCGGAUUUGUGCAGCAAACGAAGACCGAUUUGGAAAUAUAAAGAAGAGCGAAAUUGUUUCUUCGAUAUAUCUAAUCAUUUGGAAUUACGCAGUCGACUCAUUGAUAUCCUGAAAUCGGCAGAUAAAUUUGAUGCAGAAAUUGUGGGGUGUUGUUUGAUGACUUAUCCUUGGUUAUGGAAUCCGUCCGAAAACCCAGAAGGAAUUGCUGCUGUAUUCAGGAUUCUGGUAACUUCAAUGAGCAGCUUAGAUCGCGUUGAUGCACGUUUAUCUCUUCUUGCUGCAAAUGCAUGUCUCAUGUUUGAUCCCGGUUUAUUUAAACAAUUUACUCUUGAUACUCUGCUGCAAUAUUAUAAAAACAUGGGAAAUAACGAAGCAGCUCUCCGUACUUUGGCUUUGAUGUUGCCAUUCGUCGCAGAUUUCGAGGAACUGAAAAAUAUUUCUGCUAUGACCAAGGUAGCUAAUGAAAUUUUGCCAAUGUUUGGCCAUUGGAGCAGUUAUGUACGGCAAAUCGCUUUAGAAGUUUUGACUCAUUUUAAUGUUCCAGUGAAUAAUAUGAAUAACAACAAUGAAACAACUAUCGAAAUAGAAAGUGUUUUUAAUCUUCUCCUACGAUCUGAAAGAACACCAUGGACAUUAGGAGAAUAUAGGACCCGUUUGAUGAUUCUACGCCAACUUACUUACGGCGCACAUACAAAACAUAUGCCGCAAGGUUUUGAUAUAACAAUUGAAACAAUUCCUUUGCGUGUUAUUAUUGGGAAUCUCUAUGAACCGUUCACGAUUGCAUGGAAAGAGCUGAAAAAUAUUAUUCAAGAUUAUGCUUAUGGAUUAAAUAUUGAUACAUUUUUCUCACUGUUUUUGCCUUUUGUCGACCAAAUGGAGUUAAAGAGUCAGUAUGUUAUAUCUGAAAGUAGUGGCAGUUCAAACUGUGAUGUGCUUGACAAAAUGACAAUUAUCGGUGACAAAAAUCCUCGGAAUUAUGGAGCCUUUCGAUUGGAAAUGUUUGGGAUUCUUAGUCAUAUAAGUGAUUUGUGUGAACGUCGAACUAAACUGCUGAGUCCUCUUUUGAUUCGUCUUUUUAGAAAUGAAUAUCAACGAGAAAAUCUGUUGGAGAGACGAGAAAGCACCUUAUUAGGGGCUUCACCUAAUCUUUCUUGCUCUACAGAUAAGAAUGGAAGGAAACAUAAUGCUAACGACGAUUCACAAGUAUUUGGCACUGAAAAACCAGAAAAUAACGACAAAAAGAUAGAAAAAGAAGACGUAUACAUUGAGAGAAAAUUGAUUAGGAAUAGCCUAAUUACUCUUCUGGAAUUGUUCUCAAACUUCACUUCACCAAAAACUAUCUACAUGGCCAAUGAAAUUCGAGAUUUAUACAACGAACUUUUAAUGGUCGGUGAUGAAGCAGUGCAACAGCGGGCAUUGAAAUGCAUUUUUACCUAUAAUUAUAAAUAUCUUACACCCUACAGAGAAUAUCUAGAAAGUCUGGUGCAAGAACGAACCUUAAUCAGUAAUUUGGUGAAGUUUUCGAUUGAUUAUUAUAAUUCCGUGAUUGACAGCAAUCAUCGUGCUGGUGUUAUGCAGAUUGUAUUGAGGCUUCUGUACGGAAAAUGUAACAUACAUUGUAAAAAAAAUAUGACGGAGCGAUGUGCAACUCUAUUUCGGUUUCUUGCUGGAUGCACUCCAAAUGAACUGGAUUUCUUUUUGAAGCUGCUCUUUGCACCUUUGCUGAAAGUUAUUGGUGAAGAACAGUCACUGGAAAUAUUUUGUAAGCGAACAGUUUCAACUUUUGAUUCUUCAUCAAUGGUUCCAUUACAGAUUAUCAAAGGGUUUGCCUUUCUUUUCUUAAAAUAUAAUUAUUUUUGA